AUGGUUCGUGAAGCCAUACCUAGCCGAUAUGUUCAGUUUCUUUGCCUCUUAAGCUCCUUACACUUGGGAGCGGCGGUGGUAUUCGAGAUAGAAGCUGUUUCGCCACGGUUUUGCGCGCCAGAAGAGCCUCAUUUUGACAAUGCAACUCAAAGACUCAUUUUUGCUGAUCAGUUUGGAAAACAAUUCUGCAGUUAUGAUCUUAACACGAACUUAACGUCAUGCACAUCUCUUGAUGAGUUCACUGCCGCGAUUGUGCCGAUCAAAAACUCAACGAACCAAUUCCUGGCAGGAAUUGGACCCUACCUGACCGUGUUCACAUGGGAUGAGAUUUCGGCCGAGUCAACAUACGUAGUUUUAGCGAGACCUGAAACUGAGGCAGCGUUCCCUGGAAACUUCUUCAACGAUGGCAAGGCGGAUAUAACAGGACGUUUCUGGAUUGGCUCACAGGGACCAUUAGACCCCUCUGGCCCAUCAGGAGCUGUGCCGAACCGGGGCAGUUUUUACAGCUACGUCACUGAAAAUUGCAGUUUUGCCAAGAAAAUAGGAAAUGUCAGCAUUUCAGAUGGGCUGGCCUGGAAUAGCGACUACACAACCUUGUUUUACAUCGAUAGUGGCGUAAAUACAGUGGACAGAUUUGACUUUGACAUAGAAACUGGAGAAAUUAGUAACCGCAGGACCGUAAUCGACUACAAAGAAACGGACAUUCCUGGUUUCGCUCAUGGCAUGACAAUUGACACAGAGGACUAUUUAUACGUCACCAUCUACGGAGGAUCCGUGAUUACGAAGGUAGAUCCGAAUAGCGGAGAAGUCCUUAUGCGUAUCGAGAUGCCGAUGACGUUAGUAGCGGACGCAGAGUGGGGCGGCCCAGAUCUGGACGUUCUAUACGUCACGUCUCACAGCAGAGGCCUAGACGGCAGCGAGUUGGAGGAGCAACCGUUGGCCGGCCGCGUCGUCGCCGUCAGAGGGCUCAACGCCUCGGGGCGCGUCGCCAACGAUGCCAUCAUCUGUCUCCAGUCUGGGUCGCACGAGUCCGCCACGUGUUCUUCAAAGUCAAGACUUCGGAAGUUAGGGUCGACUUAAUAGUCCUUCCUUCAAAAGCUUCACGGAAUGAAAACGGUUUUCGUCGAGGAUACAAAACGAGCAACUCAAGUGGACUACAUCUUGCAAUUAACCCCUAUACAUUCUGACUCAUUUCAGAAACAACAGAUGUGCCAUUAGCUUCCCUGAGCAGAAAUAUUUUUUUUUUUAGGAUGAGCUAGAAAUUCAAUUCCCAAUUGCAAAACGUACGUCAAUUGACGUUACCUGAUUUGCGCCCCACAUCUGCCGGUUUAGGACCGCAACAUACCUCCGUGAGAAUCAGGCCAGUAAUCUAUAGGUAAGGACAGGGGUGUCUUUGAUAUUGAAUAGGUCGAUGACUUGGUUUUUGGCGUGAAAAGGAGGUUAUUUGCGGACCCCGAAAAAUUCCAAUUUCAACUGAGAUUUUAAUUUUUCUGGUACAACUGUUGAGUUUAACGUGCGUCAGAUUAUGGGUGCAUAGCAGUUUUCACGAGAUUCGGUGCAUUACCGUUGUUAAAAUGCAAGAAUAACUAUAUUUAUUCCCCAAUAAUUUGUGUGGAGGAGAGGGAGAGGCUGCUGUCCCAUUGAAAAGCAUGUUAAGAAAAAUAUUUUUUAGAAGAAAAAUGUCUUCUUUUGACCCAUGGAAAACGCUUCUGCAGUCUGGCAAUUUAACCUUCAUUCAAACACUCUGUAUGUUUUGGAGAUACUGUUGCAUGAGAUGAGAAAAAUGAAAGUGAGAGUACAAUUUUUGAAUUUCCGAUUAUACAAUCUAUAUAGAAUCAUUUGAAAGCUGCAUUAUUAUAAUGAGGAGCGAAAACUAACUGCCCCUUCUCUGAUCUAUCAAUAAAUAUAAAAUUUGCUUUUUCAGUGGUAAGGAUAUUUUCAUAGACAAUUUUGGAAUUAGCAGUCCCUCCCACCAAAGUAAUGGUUUCUCUCCUUUUUUCGCCUUGUAGGCUAUAAAAAAUUAGGAAUUUUUUUAUGAAACUGAAAAUAGAAAAAAAUUACAAAGUUUGCAAUCUGCCGACAACUGGUUUCAAUUUAACAUACUCACCUACUGAGAAGAUAAGGACACAUGAGCAUGGUUCAUCCCGCGACAAGUUUCUGUCCCAUCGGGCAGUGGACUGAUUGGUGUAAAGCAUACUCGCUUAUGGCACGCAAGAGAGCGCUUUCACUCGAGAGAAUAGCAAUAGGGCAAAAGCCUAGCUGAAAUGAUUACUUCAGCUCAUUGGAGUAGAAUCAACCCUGGAGGAAAACGAUUAGCCCAUGAAUAAACAAAGGGGUCUUGCAUCUUCUUUGAUGCUGCGCAAUUCCGGAGCGAUUUCUUGCUUCGUUUCUCCCAUCUCGCUAUUCUCUAGUCUCCUGCUCCGCGAUCCGCGAACCGAGAACCUCGCAACUCGACCAAAAACUUAGCGCGGAUACGUUGUUUUUCCUCGAAACGAUCACUCCUCGCUCCUGACUUGGAUGAAGCGUUUUUUCUAGCGGAGGUCCGCGAGACGAUUAUUUCAUCUGACAGAAGCGCGCGGUGUUGCGUCGCCUCUGAUCCGUCGCCCGGUUGGCAAAACGGCGUAAUUGCACAUUGAGGUGAGCCCAGAGGAGCAUUCAAUAGUACGGACGACAGGGCUCAUUAUUGGAUGUCGUUACGCCCUUCGGUCAGGAAGGUGAGAGAUUGGAAGACUUCUCGCAAAUUGAUACCGGUGGAAAGUCACCAGAGGUUACUAAAAAUUGUUUCAUCCUCUAGGAAUGAUCACUGUUGCUGAGCUCUUUGAGUCGCACCGUGGACGACCAUUGAAAAUGGAGGAGUUUCCGGGCCAAAAACGGCAACAUCCUUUCAACUUGCCACCGUGACUGGACCGGGAGGAUCCUUCCAAUUCGAUAUGGAUGUCAUUACUUUGCAGCUACAGAUUAUUUCCGAUUAGUUGCCAGUUUUUCAAAGUCAGAUAUGCGGCUGAAAUUGUAUGGGGCGCCUCCUGGCCACUCCGAGGACUAAGCCUUGACGUAGGCUUCGCAGCACUGGAAGAUAUUGGGCUUAUUUGAUGGGAGCGGACUUAUCUAAGAUUACCAUUUGCAGGUACCCGAAAAAUCAUAGAAAUAGAGCCGGUAGAUCAUCACAAAGUACAAAUGUGAGAAAAUGAACAUUUGAAGUCAGAGAGGGUGAGCUAAUGAUUAUUUCUUUG